AUGAAGUUCGACAAGGUGCAGGACGCGCUGGCGUACGUCAACGAGCAGCUGCGCCGCAAGGGCUUCCUGCGCGAGUCGGAGGCGCUCCGGCUGCGCCCGCACGCGGACGACGACGCCGGCCUGCUGCAGCUCGCGGACGACCGCCGCGCCAUCAACACCAUCAACAAGCUGCUCAAUCGCGUCGCCGCGCUCGAGGCCCAGCUGCGCGCGCAGGAGUCCCGCGUGCCCCGCGAGCGCUCUGCCCGCGACAGGAGCCCGCGCCGCUCGCCGCCGUCCCGCUCGCCGCCGCCGCGCUCGCCACCACCGCGCUCGCCGCGCUCACCGCCGCCGCGCUCGCCCGCCUCCGCGCCGGUAGGCCGCGCCCGCACCUUCCGCCCGGACCGUGCGGCUCAGGCCCAGCUCCGCCGCCUGCAGCUGCGCGUGGACCAGCUGCGCGAGCAGCUGCAUGCCGCGUCCCGCGCGGGCGGCCCCCCGGACGUCACGUGGGGCGCCCCGCUGCCGCUGCCCGACCCCGCCGCGGACCCGCCCGGCCCGCAGGCAGACCUCCCCACGGCCCUUGCCGAUCUGGCCCGCGAGCACACCGCCGCCGCCGCCGCGCUCCGCGACGCCAAGCUGCUGCUCGAGCACACAAACCGCUACGUCUACACCAAGUUCGUGCUGGGCCUGCGCCCGGAUCUGCCGCCGCCGCCACUGCCAGAGGACCCGGACCUGCGAGAGCUGCUGCGCGACUGGGACGAGAUCCGCGCGCUCUUGCCGCGGACCUAG